AUGUCUUCUAGUGUGGCUUCGUCGUCUGUGGGUGUUAGCGCGCCAACGGCGUCGUCAUCUCCUGGACCAAACGUCGAGCCUAAUGGUUCACCGUCUCUGUUAUCGUCGCAGGCUUCACUAUAUUUGUACACGUUUCUCGUGACGCUCAUACUCCUGCUUGCCGUAUCAGGAGCCAUCGUAACACGCUCGUUCAUUAUGCGCCGGCGCCAUCGGCGCAUGGUAGAAGAAGCUAUACGAAAUGGCACCUACGUACCACCAUCCAAAACAAAGAAGGAGCUCGGGCAAAAGCCGGCCAUAUAUGAUGCGUUUUUGAGUGUGGACGGUGCGGUCGACCUCGCAGUAGGAGGUAAAUCCAAGGGCAGGUCGACUGUGCCCGCGCUUGAGGAAAUGAGAUGGGAAGAUACCUUGCCUGUGUCAACGCUACUCCUGAAUCACAACGGGUCGCCCUAUCAUGGGUUCCAAGAGCACAGAGCAGAGAAACCUUCUGUCGCGCCUCCGUUUAGGCAAGGUCGCGAUUGGCGAUCUAUACUCUUUCUAGGGCCACUUCCAUAUCUCGCAAGUGUUUUCAGUGGCUCAAGAUCUCCCACACCUACUGGGAACGCAGAUUCAAUCUCAUCGUCACCUACGUCUGCUUCGCCAGAGCACACGGCGAAUGUGAAAGUGCAACCACCCCAGUGUGCUCGAGUCUCCGUAAUGAUCGCAAUGCCUCAACUCCCUCGGCUGCAUGCAGCGCAAUCCUCACCUCCGCUUUCUUCAAUCUCGUCCCCCCUCCCUUUGCCUUCUAGUUGCCCAUCUCUUGCGCCGCACGAGAAGUCUACGCCAGAACCGCUUUCUCAUCUGGAGCUCGGAAUCGCUGACGUACGACUGGGACGAUGGGAAGAGGGAGACGUGCAGGACAUUGCUGAUUGA